GGCUAACUAUUACGCAGAAGGAUGUCAUCUGUGGACAACCCUAGCGUCCCGCCGCUACAUAGAGGCGGCGGCGGCGGCGGCGGUAUAGGCGGCCGUUCUCAUUACACGUGGGUCGGCCUGCUUGUCUGUUCUAUCGCUAUUGCUGCUGCUGCAAUAACAGGUCGGACAACCAUUGCUACUUCAAGUUGCCUAAGCCUGUUGCUCGUUUCUCUGGUAGGCUCGCUCUGUGACUCGAAUAACCAUAAUACCCAUGCUGUUCAUCCGCCAGGUUAUCUUUAUUUUACCGGGCGCUGGUGAUGCGGGAAUGGUAGGCUUGGGUGGGACUGAGGAUCAUUCGGUGCGUUGUAACGGCUUCCCUCA